UUGCCGGGACAGAGGAGAGAGCUGAAGUCCAAGCCUUGCACCUCUCCAUGGGGCCAGCCAAGCCCCUGUGAGAGGAUGGCAGCCUGGGCAACGGAGCCAGCGCCGCUGCUGCCUCCGAGGCGAAGGGCCAGAGGAGCAAGGGACAGGUGAUGGGAAGGGGGGAGGGCAGAUGCUCCGUUUCCCUCUCUGCAGCCCAGCACGGGGUGAAGCCUGAGCGCUCGAAUGGCCAACACCACAGGGCUGAACACCUCAGAAGUCGCAGGCUCAGUCGGGUUGAUCCUGGCGGCCGUCGUGGAGGCAGCAGCCCUGCUGGGCAACGGCGCGCUGCUGGUCGUGGUGCUGCGCACGCCGGGACUGCGCGACGCGCUCUACCUGGUGCACCUGUGCGUCGUGGACCUGCUGGCGGCCGCCUCCAUCAUGCCGCUGGGCCUGCUGGCCGCGCCGCCGCCCGGGCUGGGCCGCGUGCGCCUGGGCCCCGCACCGUGCCGCGCGGCGCGCUUCCUCUCGGCGGCGCUAUUGCCCGCCUGCACGCUCGGGGUGGCGGCGCUCGGCCUGGCGCGCUACCGCCUCAUAGUGCACCCGCUGCGGCCCGGCGUGCGGCCUCCUCCCGGCCUGGUGCUCACCGCUGUGUGGGCCGCCGCGGGGCUGCUGGGCGCGCUCUCCCUGCUCGGGCCGCCGCCCGCGCCGCCCCCGGCCCCCGCGCGCUGCUCGGUCCUAGCGGGCGGCCUCGCGCCCUUCCGGCCGCUCUGGGCGCUGCUGGCCUUCGCGCUGCCCGCCCUCCUGCUGCUCGGCGCCUACAGUGGCAUCUUCCUCGUGGCGCGCCGCGCGGCCCUGCGGCCCCCGCGGCCCGCGCGCUUCUCCCGGCCGCGCUCCGACUCUCUGGAUAGCCGCCUCUCCAUCCUGCCGCCGCUCCGGCCUCGCCUGCCCGGGGGCAAAGCCGCCCUGGCCCCGGCGCUGGCCGUGGGCCAGUUUGCAGCCUGCUGGCUGCCUUACGGCUGUGCGUGCCUGGCGCCCGCCGCGCAGGCUGCAGUGGCCGAGGCGCCCGUCACCUGGGUGGCCUACUCGGCCUUCGCGGCUCACCCCUUCCUGUAUGGCCUGCUGCAGCGCCCUGUGCGCAGGGCACUAGGUCGCCUUGCCCGUCAGGCACUGCCUGGGCCCCCGAGGGCCUGCGCUCCGCGGACCUGGCACCUGCGGGCGCUUCUGCAGCACCUCCCGGGCCGGUCACAGAGCCCUGCCCUGGGCCCUUCCGAAGCACCAGAACAAGCCCCAGAUUUGCCAAGAGGGGAGAGCCUGAGCAUGCCAGGGGCCACCUGAGAGGAGAUUGGUCUCCCAUGCUGAGCUGAGACUGGAGAAAGGAUGGUGGUAUCAGGAGCCCAUCCAACCUCCUACACAGUUCCGGGCAGGUGUCCUGCCUGGAUUCCUGGCUCUGGAACCCGGGAAAGGGGGCCUGCAGCCUACCAAGAGGCUUCUGGGAGAUAGGAAUCCUGGGUUCUGGAUCCCUACUCUGCAGAGUCUUGUAUACAGACCUCCCUUAGCCAGACCCAUGUUCCCAUCUGUAUCCUGGACUGUCUCUAAGGGCUUCUUCAGCUUAGGUGGUUUGGACACUCAUGGAUAGUCCCCAGCCCAAGGAAGGAGAGGAGGUGGGCUGAACCGAGAAGAGGACCCUAAGGGCUUACAGCCAAAAGGAUGGACCAAGCAGGGCAAGAUCUAGGUAACAGCCACAGCAGGAGGAACCAGUGGAGAGACACUCAGAAGGACUUCCCCGACAUCUGCACCAGGAAGGGGUGGGACAAAGAUACUGGAACACCUCUGCCAGCCUCUGAAAUGUCCAGAAGGCAACUGGAUCAGUGCGGUGCCAGAGGCAGGAGGCUUGACAACAGGACGCGGAAGCCCCAGAACUGGCAUGUGGAAGGGGCCAAGACCCAAUGGUGAAUUCACAGAUGGGGUCCUCCAGGGACUUGGCUAUACCCAUUCUCUGGAGGUUUUGCCAACACCCACAAUGUUUCACAGCUUCCUGGUCUCUGAGAAUAUUUAUUCAA